UGUGAACUGCAACAUUUUAAUGCCCUCUGUUCCGAAGCUUUCUGUCUGUUGUGUUUCGUUCCGUCUGUGCGCAGGGGCGUCGUUGCCAUGGUGACGACUAUUAAACCUGUUGAUACCAUUACGUCACCAGUCUGCGUGGAAAAAAAACAACGAUCUUCACGUUAACCGACCACAGAGCCUCCAAUGUGUGAGGGACCUUCAUUGAUAUCUGGGCCAAUACCCCCAGAUCCUACUCUUUUUCCUGAGUACUACAAGCGACCUGCUUCAGCUCGUGGCCGUUUGGAAGGAAACAAAGGUGGAACAUUGGCUCUGCUCACAGGGCCACUCGCCCCUGAUCCCGUGCUGUACCCUGGUUGUUAUAGUGCUCGUAUUCCAGCAAAUCCUCCUCGGGUUGGCACUAAUGCGGCACACAUAUUGGAACAAGGACAGAGAGGAAUUGUGGGGGAACUGCUCAAGCUAAAUGAUGUUUCUGUCACUCCUCUGACUCCCAAACAGAAGCAAGUGCAUAACUUUCGUAAAGAUAACGUACAGCGGCUCAGAGAGAUUCAGAGACGCUAUAAAGAACAAGAGACUAAGAAGUCACACUCCCGCCCUGUUCCAGUUAAAGCUCUCUGGAUCUCCCCCAAGUACCAGAACAUUCCAUCUAAGGUCAUGGUCCAUCUGCAGGAUGCAAGUCCAGCUGUUAAGCCACAGUGUCAAAACUUUCUCAAGGGGCACUCAAACUGCAGCUCUGCUGGCCUCCCCCGAACCAAUAGCAAUACCUCUUUGAUGGCUGGACGUCACCCAGCCUGCUGUGACACCAAACAGGACCACAACGUGGAAUUGCACGUUCAAGGUCAGGCUGUAGACUUCAUACGGCACAAUGCACAAACUGCAGGAAAAACUGUGCUGCGUCGGUCCCAGUCACUGACAAACCUCAGAGACAGGCCUGUGCCCAGUGCUGUCAAAGGACAAGUCCCUCAAUAUCUUGAGGAAAGGAAGAAGCAGUGGCGUAAAGAGGAGGAGGAGAGGAGGAAGAACACACCUGAUCCCUCCAUCCCAGCAGGCCACACACUGAUGCCAGAAAAGGAAAGACAGGAAACAUUGCAGACCCUCAAAGACACCCAUCGCUGCCUGGUCACGGAGCUGCUGUCACUGCCACUCAGAGUCGACACUUUGAACGUUCGCUCACGUCGGGCUCAUCUCGAUUGUAGACUUUCUGAGAUUGAGGAAGCAAUUAAGAUAUUCUCCAGGGAUAAAGUAUACAUCAAAUCAACUUCAUAACAUGCAAAGAGGAGA